UGGUCGGACCGGAUUCAACCUUUUUAACCUUGACUUGAAUUUUGUUUUUGUCAAUCAUAUGUCAUUUCCAAAGGAUCUAGCGGAAUUUCGUCAUUUGUUCCCUUCAAUAAAGUCUUGGUGUUUGGGUGUUUUUUUUUUCAGUUGGAAACUACGGCUAGACCAUUUUGACCCAAUCACUCUACCAUUAACAUUAAGGAAAGAAAGGAACUUAAACGGGGAUGGGAAUGCAUUCUUCGGGAAAGGGACGUCAUCGAGUGUAUUGAGGAUUGUCUAAUUGUAUUGUUGUUUUGGCCAAUAGAGUUGAGAAGGGCUGAUUGCUGCAAUUAUUCUGUUAAAGUUUGCCAAUCAUUGAGAAGCUAAAGCAAUUGAAAGAAGGGAAAAGCAAUUGCAAAUAAAAUAUUGGUGUAUAUAUAAGGGUGAAUCGGGAUGCUUACUUCUAUAGAGAUCUUAAUUUGAAAGGUCAGUUCAAUUGGUAUAUAACUGUUAAUCAUGCUUUCAGCAUUCCGUUUUUCUAGAUCAGUUGGUUUGCAAAAAAACUUUGCAACUAAAUUUCAUCCAUCAACAACUGGGGCUAUUUCUAAAGUUCUAGUUCGUGGUUACGCUCAGAUUCCUCUUGAAACUUCUGUUACGUUGCCAACCGGAGAGGAAUAUGUUCAGCCAACCGGGUUGUUUAUAAACGGGGAAUUUGUUCCAUCUCGUCAAAAGAAGACUUUUGAAGUAUUCUCUCCUGCAACUGAAGAGCUAAUCGCAACUAUUUAUGAAUCUCGUGAAGACGAUGUCGAUAUUGCUAUUCAGGCUGCUCAAAAUGCCUUUGAUCAUUCUCCCUGGGCCACGUCAGAUCCCUCCUUUAGGGCACUGGCUUUUUUCAAGUUGGCUGACUUGAUUGAACAGCAUGCAGAGACCCUUGCUUCUAUUGAGUCUCUCGAUAAUGGUAAGUCACUUGGCGAUGCUAGAGGGGAUGUGGCUCUUGGUAUCGCUUGCUUGAGAUCUGCUGCUGGUUGGGCCGAUAAAUUUGGUGGUAAGCAAAUCGAGACUGGGGACGAUUAUUUCAAUUUCACUCGUCGUGAACCAAUUGGUGUUGUCGGACAAAUCAUUCCUUGGAAUUUCCCUCUUUUGAUGCUUAUUUGGAAAAUCACCGGUAUUGUUGUUGGUAAUACUUCUGUUUUGAAAACUGCCGAAUCAACUCCGUUAUCUGCUUUAUACUUGUGUAAUUUGAUUAAAGAGAAUGACGUUUUCCCACCGGGGGUGUUCAAUGUUGUCAGUGGAUUUGGUAAGAUCACCGGUAAUGCUUUGGUUGAACACCCAUUGGUAAGAAAAAUUGCUUUCACUGGUUCGACUGCAACUGGUAAGGCUCUUAUGAAGAAAGCAGCCGAUACCAUGAAGAAGAUCACGUUGGAAUUAGGUGGUAAGUCUCCAAAUAUCAUCUUUAACGAUGCUGAUCUUGAUGUGGCUUUGAAAUCUGUAGUUGCUGGUAUCUACUACAAUUCUGGGGAAGUUUGCUCAGCUGGUUCUCGUUUAUAUGUUCAUGAAGAUAUUUAUGAUGUUUUCAUCAAGAAAUUAGUUGAUUUCGCUAAUUCUUCCGUUAAAGUUGGUAACCCAUUUUUACCUGAUACCAUUCAAGGUGCCCAAAAUAGUGUUUCCCAAUUGGAUAAAAUCUUGAAGUAUAUUCAAAUCGGUACUGAAGAAGGUGCCACUGUUUUAGCCGGUGGUAAAAGAUUAGAAGAGAAAGGUUAUUUUGUUCAACCAACUAUAUUCGGUGACGUUAAACCAGAUUCAAAAAUUAACAAAGAAGAAAUUUUUGGUCCAGUUGUUACCGUCAGUAAAUUUAAGACUGUUGAUGAAGUAGUCAAAUUAGCAAACGAUACCGAAUACGGAUUAGCUGCUGGUAUUCAAUCAAAUGACUUCAAUAAGGUCAUUGAUGUUUCAAGAAGACUCAAGGCUGGUACCGUGUGGGUCAACACUUACAAUGAUUACCAUCCAAUGGUUCCAUUCGGAGGAUUCAAACAAUCUGGUAUUGGUAGAGAAUUAGGCGAAGAAGUUUUACAUAACUACACCGAAAUUAAAUCGGUAAGAGCAGCAGUGACCAGACAAAAUUGAUCUGUUGACUAAGCUAUUUCUAAGUAAUUAAUGAUUUACUUUUAUGAUAUUAAAAUUCGAUUC